AUGAAAGCUAUCACCAUCGAAAAAGUCGAGGGAAAGCCCGGCAAAGUUUACUACCCGCUCAAACUAAUUGACCUCCCUAUAUCGACUCCUAAGCCUACGGAAGUCACAGUAAAGCUUCUGGCAGCCGCCCUAAACCACCGAGACCACUUCAUUCGUCAACAUCUCUAUCCCGGAAUCUCAUUUGAUUCUAUUCCCCUCCUCGCGGACGGCGCCGGAAUAGUGACCUCUACUGGCAGCGCCGUACCCACUUCCUGGCUUGGAAAGCGCGUCGUUCUCGCUCCCGGUCGCGGAUGGGACUCUGACCCUGCCGGCCCCGAAAGUGACGUCUAUGCCAUUCUCGGUGGGACCAAACACGCCCCCACUGGUACCCUUCAGGAAUACAUCAGUGUUCCCGUCUCGGAGGUGGAAGAAGCUCCUCUCCAUCUCGAUGCCGUCGAGUCAGCCGCAAUACCACUCUGUGGGCUAACCGCUUUCCGCGCGGUCUUCACGAAGGGUCAGGUGCAGGCCGGUCAGAAUGUACUCAUCACAGGUAUUGGCGGGGGUGUUGCGUUGAUGGCGCUCGCAUUCUGCUGCGCAAAGGGCGCGGUGGUGUUUGUGACUAGCGGGUCCGGGGAUAAGCUGGUCGCCGCGAAGGAGCUCGGGGCGAGUGCGGGAGUGAGUUACAAGAGUACGGCGUGGGAAAAGGAUCUCAAGGGUCUUUUGCCGAGGAGUAGGCCGUAUUUGGAUGUAGUUAUUGAUGGUGCCGGAGGAGAUGUUGCUGCACGAACUGUACCGUUGCUUAAACGCGGUGGCAAGAUCGUCUCAUACGGAAUGACACUUGCCCCCCAAACCCCCUUCACGAUGUCAGCCGUGCUAAAAAAUAUUGACCUCAUGGGUUCAACUAUGGGCUCCCGCAAGGAAUUCGGAGACAUGGUUGAGUUUGUCCGCGACAAGCAGCUCAGACCCGUCAUCUCAAAAGUGGCAGACGGCAUUUCAAUCGACAGCCUUGAGCCUCUGUUCGAGGAUAUGAAGGAGGGGAGACAAUUUGGGAAGCUCGUUGUCAAGAUUGCGCCGGAGGAUACAGCAAAGUUGUAA